GCAGAAAGAAAACAGGAGGAAAUCUGUUUCACUUUCGUUUCCUCAGAGUUUCAUAUUUCAGACUCUGCUCAGGUGAUAAAAGGCUGAGCAGCGAUCAGAGCACAGCAGACGGAGGUGGAACUGAGGACGGAGACGACGCUGAAGAAAUACAGACUUAGAGAUGGAUCUGAGACAGAAACUGAGAGGUGGCUCUGGACAAAUGUCCAACAUGGGUCGAAGAAACUUCCAUGAAAACCAGCUCCAGCCACCAAGACGGGAUCAAGUCAGACAGAGACGAGCUGGGAAUCAGGGCACACCACUUAAAAGCCUGUUGAAGAUGAUUGUAUCAAAUCUUCAUGCCCUUGGAAAUCACAGAAGACACCAACUUUAGGGGCUUUGUCCAUGCACUAAACCUCACUUUUCAAAUUCCUCCCAAACCUGAGGUUCGCUCGCAACUCCUCAGUGUUUACAAAGAAAAGGAAAAAGAGCUGCGAAGUACCUUGGCCUCUGCUGACGACAUUGUGCUGACAUGUGAGCUGUGGUCCUCAAGACCUGAAGACUCCUAUCUGUCGGUGGGCUGCCAUUUUGUGGAUCACCUUGGGAAUCGCAAGUCGAACAUGCUCCAAACUACCAGUCUUCUUGGAGACGAAUCUGCAGCCAACAUUAAAAAUCAACUCUCAGCUGUCAUUGAGGCUUGGGGUGUGAAAGAAAAGGUCCACACCGUCAUCAGAGCUGGCAUACCACAACUGAAAAAUGACAAAGCAAAGUGGUCACACAUGCCUUGUUUUGCUGACACCUUAGACGAGGUAUUUAAAGAUCUGAAGAGCAAUGAUGAGUUCUCCGAUGUUCUCAGAAAGUGUCAGAACAUUGUCAGAUUCUUUAAGAAUGAUUGUGAAGCUGAGAAGAAGCUCAGAAAGAUUCAACAGCAGCUGAAGAUAAAAGAAGAGGAGCUGAUCAUGUACUCAGGGGAACGAUGGUUCGGUUGGCUGGACAUGCUUCAGCGGCUGCAUCAGCAGUACCAAGCCAUGCCGAUGGUGUUCAACGAGAGGGGCAAGACAGAGUUAAUUCUAAAUGAAAAUGAUAAAGAGAAAAUCAAGAACAUCAUAUCUGCCCUGGAGCCUCUGAGGGAAGUCACAUCCAAGAUGAAAAGAAAAGGAUUCGAGACUAUUUCAGUCAUGCUGCCUCUGCUGAAGACACUCAUGGACAAACUUGAAGAAAAGAAAAACAAUAAUGUCGCUCAGGCCUUACUGUCAAAAUGUAAAAAUAAAUUUGGUAACGUCAACAACCACCCACUGGCUCCGAACACAUUCCUUGAUCCAAGACUCAAAAACUGGCUGAAAGACCAAAACAAAAAACAAGUCAUGGAAAAAAUAGUAAAGGAGCUCAGUGCAGGACGACCCGGCUCUUCUGCAAAGUUCAAAGACCUCCUGGAGAGAUACGUGGCCUACACUCCUAAUGAUGAGAAGUCAAACCCAUUCUCUUGGUGGAGGCACACGGGAAAGGAGAACUUUGGUGAACUGAGCAAACUUGCUCUGAAGAAACUUGGUGUUGUCUCAACUGCUGUGCCUUUGGAGAGAGCCUUCUCCGAGGCAGGUGAUCAUUUCUGCAACCUCAGGAACUCCAUCGAGCCAGAAAACCUCAACAUGAUCCUGUUCCUCAACAGCAACUGGUCAACAGAGUCUUAGAGUUCUCUUCAAGCUGAUAACAACACACUCCAAUAUUUUUACAAAGACACUUUCCUGUAACAAAUAUAAUGCAAAUUAAAGAUGGCAUACCUCCACCAAAUCCAGGGCUGGCCCAUAAAACGAUAAUUAUUGUGAGUAACUUUUCCUCGAUAGAAAUAUAAGACAUGGUCGUUACAAUGUUGAUAGAACUCAUUUUGACAGACAACACAAAAAGCCAACGAUAAUGAGAAUCAUGUUGCACUGAACCAAUCACGUGUCUGGAACAGAGUUACAGCAACAUCAGGUUGGGUUGACUCACACAGUACGAGCUGAUGUUUGAGCAACUGCAACCGUGAACAGCAGCACGUCAGGAGAGGGAGCGAGAUAAAAGAGAAAAUGACGACUGAAAAUGUUAAAGAAAACUUGAGCAACAGCGUUACCGAAGAAUACAUCUCAACGGACACAGCAUGUUCCCACAAAGACCACUGAUCUGUUUCACCAUCUGAAGCAAAGCCGUCCUUUAGAGCACGAUGAUAGACUUUACAGUCCCAGACCCAAACCAGGUCCUGCUGGUCCCCCUAAAACAACCAGAGUGAAACCUGCACAACAACAGACCACAGAGUCACUUUCUCCAGCUCCACGCCACAGAAACACGAACCUGAUGACUUCUGCACAUCUCACCGAGCAGGAAAAGGAACCUUUAAGUUCAACAGAAACAGAUUUGAUUCAUAUCGAUAUCCACUGACCAAAGAUACACAACAGUCUGAAUUAGUAACAGAGGAAAGUGUUGGAUCAGCUCAGACAUACUCAAUAUGUAUCCUGGAGAAUGUAGAUGGAGUAGCGCCACCUACUGGUGAAAUGCUAGUUAGAUUUGUAGGAUUACUCAGUUUGACAUUUUCUUGUAUAAUCUAGAUCUGGGUAGAAAUUAGCAGUGCAAAGAUUUAUAGUAGAGGUUAUGUCAGACAGGCCACACUAACUGGUCAUAGCAGAUUUAAAUGGUACAACCAAUUCGACUUUUUGGAAAUUAAGACAGACGUGGAUGCCCCUGCUCCAGUGAACCUUUUCACAAGCUUCCAUCUGUGAUCGUCCAAAACCCAAAGCUCAUGGCCGAAGCCAAGGGUUGGACAUCGAUUGCUGGAUAAUUUAAGCUUCAUUUUAAGGCUGAACCACCACAGUCUGGUACAGAAUCCACAUUACUCUGUCUCAUGCUCCGUCCGAUUCGUAAACAUGAACCUGAGACUGACGCCAAAACCUAAAGGAUUCAAAACACUGAUGGAAACCUGAUGAUUUCUGACGUGUUCACACAAAUCUCCCAAAUAUCAAAAUAUGAAAUAAUUAAAGUUCAGUUUCAGUUUUUCUUUAGUUCUUCAGUUAAAUUAUCAGUAAACAGCUGAAACAUUUUAUCAGUUUUCUUCUCAGUGUUUUACUUUAAGACUGAGCUUUAAAAAUAUAAUAUCUGUAUAUUGUUUGUGACUAAAAUGAUGUUAUAUUCUUAUAUUCUCUGAUGAACGUCUUUUCUGUCUCAUAUCUCUUCGAAAAAGUAGUUAAGUUUGUUAAAGUGUGCUGUAUUUUUUUAUUAAUUUGUUUUACUGACUUCAGUU